AUGAAGUACACCGCUGCCCUGCUCGCCCUGGUGGCCACCGUCGUGGCGGCACCAGCGGAUAUCGAGUCCCGCAACAGCGGCAGCUGCGACAACAAUCAGACGCAGGUCUGCUGCAACGUUGGGCUCACCUGCUUUGCACAGAUCAUUGGGGACUCGUGCACGGGCUCGACAUACUGCUGCGAGACGGGCGCGCCCGCGGGUACUCUUCUAAACAUUUCUGCCCUCAAUUGUAUCCAGCUGUGAAGGCUAUUCGCAGUUUGCACGAUACGAGAAUGGACUGGAGCAAUGAAUGGUAGAGGGCUGGCAUGUAUAUCUGAUAAUCUUGUGCGAGUAGUGGUGCAGAUAUUCGACAGUGAUAAAAUC